UAAAAUUAAAUGGUACUAUUUAUUACAUCAAUUUUUAUUUUUAAGUGUCAUUUAUCUAGUUUGGGAACCAUUUGAUAUCAGGAUAUUUAUAGUAUUUUCAAAAAUAGAUAAUAGUACUUUAAUGCUGGGUAGGGGAUAUUACAUUUGUUACACAUUUCAUAUAAAAUAGUAUUAAGUGUUAACAUCUAACAUGGCGAAGUGUGAUCAAAUUAAUUCUAAAGAUUUAGAAAUUAAUAGUCAUUGUGCAAUUUGUGGUGUUAAUGCUACUAGUAAAUGUGCAGCAUGCACAUUGGUUGUGUAUUGUUCAAAGAAACACCAAAAAGCUCAUUGGAAACAACAUAAAAAUGAAUGUGUAUCUUAUGAGUUACAAAUAGAUUCUAUAUUAGGUCGUCAUCUGAUUGCCAAACGUACUAUUAAUCAAUCUGAAAUUAUAAUUCAAGAAGAACCAUUAGUUAUAGGUCCUAAGUUUCCAACUUCAGAACCAAUAUGCAUUAAAUGUUUACAAAAUUUAAAAAGAUCAAGUUCUACUGUUGAAUCUUUGUGUGAAAAAUGUUUGUGGCCUAUUUGUGGUACAGGAUGUAUGCCUUCAAUUAACCCAAACAUUCAUGAAGAUGAAUGUAAAGUAUUAGUAAAAGGAGCUGAAAAAAUCGCCAAAAAUAAUGAUUAUAUGUAUGAUGCUUUAACUCCUUUAAAGUGUCUAUUAUUGCAAAUCACAGAUAAAAACAAAUGGAAUCGUCUAAUGGAAUUAACGAGUCAUAUGGAAUAUAGAGGACCAGAAUCAGAAAUUUAUGAGGAGAUUAAUUCAGUGUAUAAUUAUUUAAGAAAUAAUUAUUUAAGUGGAGAAGAAUUUGAAGCUUCGUCCGAUCUUAUACACAAAAUAUGUGGUAUUUUAGAUGUAAAUUCUUUAGAUGUUCAAGUUGCUGGAUUGGAGUUAACUGGUAUAUAUCCUACAGUAAGCAAAUUAGAACACAACUGUUUACCAAAUACUAGCAUAUCAUUUGAUAAAAAUGGACGUAUUUAUGUUUAUGCUGCUCGUAAAAUUGUCAAAGGUGAACAUAUAAAUACUAUGUACACAAAUGCUUUAUGGGGAACCCGAGAAAGAAGAGCUCACCUUAUGUCAACAAAAUAUUUUGAGUGUAAAUGUAAAAGAUGUGCCGAUGCUACAGAACUGGGUACUCAUCUUAGUACUAUUGUAUGUAAUGCAAAAGAUUUUUGUAAAGGAAAUCUCACUCCAAUACAUCCUUUAGAUGAUAAUAGUAAAUGGGAGUGUGAUAGGUGUCCGACAACUGUUUCAUCAGAUAAAAUUGAUGCAAUCUUAAUAGAAUUAAAUCACAUUGUUGAUAAAGUUCUUCAAAACCCAAGUAUAAAUUCCCUAGAAAAUGCUCUUUCAAAAUUAGAAAAACGUGUUCAUUCAAAUCACUAUUUAUGUUUUAAUGUAAAACAUACAUUGAUACAGCUGUAUGGUCAUUCAAUGGGUUACAAACAUUCAAUGUUAACUGAUGAUUUAUUGAAAAGAAAAUCCGAACUAUGCAGAAAUAUGUUUUUUGUACUUAAUAUCAUUGAUCCACUGUAUACAAGAUUGAACAUUUAUACUUCAGUGAUAUUAUAUGAACUUCAUUUGGCCUUGUUAGAAUCAGCUACAAGAAUAUCAGAAAAUAAAGCUGAAAGUAAAGGAAUGCACGAUGAAGCUAAAGUAUUAUUAUCUAAAGCAUUAGAUAUUCUUAAAAAUGAACCAGAAGGAUCUUCAGGUUUUAAGUUACUGCAAACUUACAAAUCUAGUAGCAUUACUGAUUAAUAGUAUAAAAUUUAAAAUUAAUUAUAUGAUUAUCUUAUAUUUAUAAAGAACUAUAAAUAGAUUCUAGUAACAAAGUCAAUUAACAAUUGUAGUUAAGUAUUAUUACCUACUAGUU